UAACCAAGUACUCAACAUUUAACUGGUAGUCCAAGUUGAAAAUUAAACAAUUGCUUUAUUAGGAAAACCAUUAAUAAAACCAAGACCGCCUCUGUUUUCUUCUAAAUAACUGGUUUUCUAUUCUCCAUUAUCAAACCAAGAUGUACAGAAACUAAUUAUUUAAUUCUUUUUUUUCCAAAAACAAAUCAUUUGAAUAAUCCAUCAAUUAUUUUCCAAGAAAAAGCCUUAUAAUUACUUUUCAUUCAUUCCAGUGUCCAGGUGGCAGUUUUUUCUUUGCCCACUGCCUUCAAAACCAUCACUCUGAUGGUAAGCAACUACGUACUACUCUAGUACAGUAUAUACAUAAACUUUCAUGAUACCCUUAAUCACAAUUCACAACAAUCUUCAAACCCAUAACUUUAAAUCAAUUUCGCUGCUAAAAUCACCAAACAAGAAUUCAGAAAUGGAGGGAAACAAUUCAGUUCCAGCGAGCUCACCGUGUGGAAUUGGAACUCUGGGUCGUCACUUGGCUCGGCGGCUUGUACAAAUCGGCGUGAAGGACGUGUUUUCAGUUCCCAGUGACUUCAACUUGACGUUGUUGGAUCAUCUCAUAGCCGAGCCGGAGCUGAAUUUGAUCGGCUGCUGUAACGAGCUUAAUGUUGGGUACGCUGCGGACGGGUACGCACGUGCGAAAGGGGUGGGAGCGUGUGUAGUGACGUUCACUGUAGGGGGACUGAGUGUGCUUAAUGAUAUUGCUGGGGCCUACAGUGAGAAUUUGCCUCUCAUUUGUAUUGUUGGUGGGCCUAAUUCCAAUGACCAUGGGACUAACAGGAUUUUGCAUCAUAGUAUUGGAGUGCCAGAUUUUAGUCAGGAACUUAGAUGUUUCCAAACUGUUACUUGCACUCAGGUAUGUUCAUCUAUUCCCUGCUUAUAUGUUCAUUUUCUAUUGUACCUUGUGUAGCAAAGUUUGCACGCUAUAAAGAAUAGCAGAAGAAGAGUAUUAUUUGGAAACCUUCUGCUAGCCCAAGAUCGUUAAAUAAGAUUGGAGGAUUCAACUAAAGAAGAGAAAGCUUGAAAAGAGAAGAGAGAUUUUUGAAAGGAAAACUUUGUUAUUGAAGAAGACUUUCUUGAAUUUGGCUUCAUUACAAAUGAACAAGACAUCCCCUAUUUAUACUAGCCUAUGGAUGAUUCUAGAUAUGAUUCUAGAUAAUGUACUACGAAGAUUCUAGCAACCUUAUCUUCUAACAACACUC